AUGCACUUCGCCUCUCUCUUCGUCUUCGCCACGGCCAUCACGGCCCUGCCUUCUCUCGUCCGCCGUGAUGCCGCAGAGACCCUUGCAAACCUCCAAAGCAUCGACACGUCGACAAAGUCUCUGACAAGCACCAUCACCUCCUGGGAUGGAUCCCUUCUUGGGGCUCUGGGCAUCCAGUCUGCCGCCAACGCUGUCGGCAUCGACAAUGCCAACACCGCGGCCUCGGACGACGCCCAGGCCUCAAGCGCGGACUCGCAGACCAUCGUCGCCUAUGUGACCGGGACCCUCACCCCUGAUAUCCAGGCUUCUCUGACCGCGCUCGAAGCCCGGAAGGCCGAUUUCGCUUCCCUUGGCAUAACUUCCGUCGUCCUGUCCACCAUCCAGAGCCUCCAGUCCAAGUCCGCAACCCUCGGCACAACGCUUGUGAACAUUGCAUCCGAUGACCAGAAGGCCGCGGCGCAGAGCGCAGCGGAUGCCAUCAAUGCGGACUUUGCUGCUGCCGUGACAGCCUUCUCUUCUUGA